CCCAACCUCCAUUUCUCCGUAUAUAUAUGCAGAAACCAUCAACAUUCAAUUUCACACAAAACUCAUACACUUAAUUCUUUCCUCUUUGCUUCUCAUCUCUCUCCCUCUGUGUGUGUGUGAAGAAGGCUUGAAGAAGAAGAAGAAUGGCAGAGGCGUGGCGCAAACUGAAAAAGGCGCUAUCAUCAUUGAAGCAGCAGCCUAAGCCUGUGCCCUCUGUUGAUAACUCCCAUUCCAAAUCACCCGCAAUUCCGCCGUCUUCCUCCUUCUCCAGGAGCUUCACCACCACCACACGAUCAUCAAAGAGAACAUGUGCCAUUUGCCUUGGGAGUAUGAAAGCUGGGAAUGGUCAGGCCAUCUUCACUGCUGAAUGCAGCCAUGCUUUCCACUUCAGCUGCAUUGGCAAUAGUGUUAAGCAUGGAAACCGCCUUUGCCCUAUCUGCAGAUGCAAAUGGAAGGAAAUCCCUCUCCAAUUUCCCACCUUCAGUACUGAUGUAAACGGUAUCAAUGCUGGAGGAUCUCGCGUGUCUCCUUACCAUGUAUCACUUGAAGAUCCUGUUAACUUCUCUCGUCCCCUACCAACAAUAUCUCCACCUCGUCCCCAGCACAUUCCAUUCUCGGAUGAUGAGCCCCUUCUCAACAUCAUCGUGGAUCAUACCUCCUCUCCUUCCGCACUUCACUCGGGGAAUAUCCUCAUGAAAUCUUUUGCAGAAUUUCCUGCAGUUGGUGCUGCUGAAGAUGUGCCAAGAUUUGCAGUUCUUGUUGGAUUAAGGGCACCACCACUCUUAGAUGGUGCUCAGGACCUAGAGCGUGCGCCGAUUGACCUGGUUGCGGUGCUAGAUGUUAGUGGGAGCAUGAAUGGAUCAAAGUUGACUCUCUUGAAGCAAGCAGUGUGCUUUGUGAUAGAUAACUUGGGGCCUUCCGACCGGCUAGCUAUUGUUACUUUCUCAUCAAGAGCUCAAAGAAACUUUCCCUUGCGUAGGAUGACUGAACAAGGGCGUCAAGAAGCUGCACUAGCUAUCAAUGGUAUUUCAGCAAAUGGUGGGACAAAUAUUGUGGAAGGACUCAAGAUUGGGGCUUGUGUUCUUGAAGAAAGGCGUGAAAAGAAUCCAGUUGCGAGUAUCAUUCUCUUGUCUGAUGGGAGAGACACCUAUAACAGUGAUAACGCGAAUCGACGCAAUAGCAAUAGAAACCAUAGAUCCUCAAAUCCAACAUUGAUCCCUGAUUAUUUGAGUCUAUUGCCUUCUUCCAUUCGUGCUUGCAAUAGCGAAGUGCAAGAGGCAGAGGAUUUGUCAACUUUCCCUGUUCAUACGUUCGGGUUUGGUCCAGACCACGAUUCUUCUGCUAUGCAUGCUAUAUCCGAUGCAUCAGGGGGCACAUUUUCAUUCAUUGAAUCGGUUGUUACUGUUCAAGAUGCAUUUGCAAUGUGUAUUGGUGGUCUCCUCAGUGUUGUGGUCCAGGAGCUUCAACUUAGCUGCACAGCAGCAUCACCUGGAGUGAAGAUUGUGUCCAUUCCUUCAGGAAGAUAUGCAAGUGAAAUUUCCGAACAAGGACAGCAAGGCGUAAUUAACAUCGGGGACUUGUAUGCAGAUGAGGAGAAAGAGUUUCUCGUAUACGUGUCUAUUCCCUCAGUUAAAAGUGCUCAAGUUGAGGACAGGGUGGAAACAUCACUCUUGCAAAUUGUUUGUUCUUACAAAAAUACUGUGUCCAACGAAAUGGUUAGAGUGGAGGGUGAGACAGUUAAGAUACGUCGACCUCAAGUGCUGUCUCCUAUAGAUGUAGUAGUAAGCCUGGAGGUCGAUAGGCAGAUAAACCGCCUAGCAGUAGCGGAAACGAUAGCAGAGGCACAAGAGAUGGCAGAGAGGGGAAAUCUUGACAGCGCACAGGCUCUGCUAAAUAACAGAAGGUCUUGCCUUUUGUCUUCAGCAUCUGCCCAAGCAGGUGAUGGCCUGUGUAACAGGCUUGACACUGAACUGACUGAAAUCACAGAGAGGAUGGCAAGCGAGGAACUCUACGAGCAAAUGGGACGAGCUUAUAUGCUCUCGGGUUUAAGCUCACAUUUUUGGCAGAGAUCCACAACUAGGGGUGAUACAACUACACAGCUAAUACUACUAGGGGAGAGCUCAAACAAUACAGGUGCUGUUGGCUAUGAAACUCCAAGUAUGUUAAGCAUGGUCUCAAAGUCACAGAGCUUAACUAUUAGUAAUCCUCUUUGAACAAGUUCUGGAUAAAGAUUGCUAACUCUAUUAGUUCUCAGGGUGAUCGGUAAAAUAGAACAUGUUUAGUGACAAAAUUCUGUGGAAUUUAACUCUAGUAAUGCCGCCUUUUCCCUGUCCCUGACCUGUUGGUCAUUAGCAAAUUAGAUUCUUAUCAUUUGACUUCU